UUAUGGUGUUUUGCGUCAUCUGCGGGUGGCCAAAGAUUUGGACCGCAAUGACAGAAGAUGACUAUGCUCGCCGUGGUUUUGCGCAUCGGAGAUGCAUUGCCGGAGCACUAAGAUGGGGACGACGAGACGGACGACAUAUCCAUGUUGAUCGUCUUUGCUGCCCUGAGGCCACAGCCGAAACUGUCACGCAGACGGACCAAGUGUCUGUCACUAACGGAGAUUCAGUUUACCGCACUCCAGUGGCCACUCGUGACGUCGCGUGUGGCCAUUUCGAAAUAUCAUAUGCGGAUGGAUACACCCAGGCUAGUCCGGCCACUAGCGAUGUUGCGUCCGGUGAUCAAACCCUUUACGUAGACAAAUCCGCUCAGGUCGAUGUGACUAUGUGCCAGAUCACUUCAGGCGUCGACGUUGAGUACGUAAACGGUCCCGCACGUUCCUGUAACGUGAUGGUGGAAAAAAAAGGCGCGGACGAUGGCCGAUGAA